AUGGCAUGCUCUUCUCCAGUUAUGUCAUCGAGAGAUCUAUGGAGAGCAUUGUCGGGAGUGCUCUGCGUUUAUAAACAUUCUGGAAUCUCUACGGCCGCUAUUAAAAAAUUAAUCACGAAUUCAAUAACGGAAUCGGUGACCCAGAUUGAGUCAACAUCGCGCAUUCACCUUCCGGCGAUCAGUCUUCCAAUUGUUGAACCUCAUGAGCAAACUGGUGCAUUAGUAGUAGUCGGAAAGAGUGAAAUUGCGGAUUACAGGUAUCAUCCUCUAGUUUGUGGUGCUUCGAUCAGAAGUGAGGAUAUUAGAAUAGAAGACACGGUUCCCUUGGAUAUCAUUAGUUCAGGAGUAUGCUUGUUCGGACUAAACGACGGGUGCGACAUGCUCCCUGAGAUCUUAGCAAUGUCAUGGCCGAACGUAUAUAGAAUCGAUGGUAUCUUGGGAAGAUCGUUUGGAAAAAAAAAGAAGGAUGAUCAAAGUGGAGUCACGGACGCUUUGCGGGUAUCGCGAAAUCGUAUCGAAAAGGUCUUAAUGCGAAUGGAGUCCGAAUUUCGGGCGCUUUCCUUCAAAAACGCCAAUGUUGAUAUGGAGAGUGAUGAAGCGUUUGAAUUGGCGCGAAAAGGUUUGCCGAGGUCGCAACUGCCCGGUGCCCAAAAUGUCUACUCAAUUGAACUAAAUUGGUUCAAAACUCCAAGAUUCACGAUUACCGUUCAAACGUGUGGCGAAAAUGAUGAAAUGCUUAAAAAUCUAGUCAAUCAUAUUGGUGUCAACGUCGGUACUGGAGCGUUGGCAAUUCGUGUUCAACGUCAGUUUUUCGGACCAUUCUCCGGCUCCGACGCUCUUCUUGAGAAACAGCUUAACCUUCAGAAUAUUAUUCGGAAUAUUAGCUUGAAUAGUGCGAUUCUGGAAGCUUCCAAAGCGGAAAAUGGGAAAAUCGUCAAUGUGAAGGAUGUGAACACAAUGGAAGCUGAGAAGCGAGUUGAGGAAGUAUUCGAUGGGCUCGGACUCAAAGAGUCGAUUUCACUAGAUAAUUUUGAUGCUAUGCGACCGGCAUGGCCCCGUUAUUAUGAAUAA